AGUUACUCAUUGAGUCUCUGUCCAAGACCGCUUUUUUUUUUUUUUUCAUUUAAACUUCUAAAUUCUCUCAUAAACCCCGAAACCUUAUAAAUGACAGUGGUCAAACUCCUCCAUUAAUAACCAACAUGUAUGAAGAAACUAACAGUUACUCUCACCCGCCAUGGACCCUCCAUCAAAGUCCUCAUAUCUCAAAAUCUCCACCCUCAAGCUCUCAAAGCUUCUCUCUUUGCACACUCUCCGUUCCUGACUGACCAAAUCUACUCUCAUUUCAUCAAAUCAGGCCAUUCUCUGGACCCCUUUCUCUCCACCGCUCUCAUCUCCCACUUCUCCAAACAUGCUGACUUGUCACGCGCCCUUUCCUUCUUUCUCGACACCCCCAACCCCGAUACAAUUUCUUUCAACUCACUCAUCUCUGGUCUCGCUCGUUUUGGCCGAGUCGGGCCGGUGCUUGGGUUGUUUAAUGAGUUGAGGCAUUUGGGGUUGAAGCCCGACGUGUUCACGUUGAGCAGUUUAGUUAAAGGGUGUGAGAGAAUAGAAGAAAACGAGAUUGUUCAUGGGGUUUGUUUGAGAUUGGGGUUUGGAAGUGGGGCUUUUGUGGUUAGCGGAUUGAUUGAGAAUUAUGCUAAAAGUGGGGACUUGGUUUCAGCUGAGAAGUGUUUUAGAGAUUGUUUCGAUGUUGAUAAUGUUGUUCUAACGGCUAUGAUUUGUUGUUAUUUUUGGAAUGGGGAAUUCGAUAAGGGUAGACAAGUUUUUAUGAAACUGAGGGAUUUGGGAUUUGAAUUGAAUGAAUUUAGCUUGACAGGUUUGAUCAGCGGCUUGUUUGAUGUAAAAGAAGGUCAACUGAUCCAUGGGGUUGGCUUAAAGAUGGGAUUUUUAUGUGGUGGUUCCCUUCAUUUUAACAAUGCUGUAAUGAGCAUGUAUGCUAGGUGUGGAAGUAAAUUGGACGCUGUUAAGGUAUUCGAUGAAAUUACUGAACCAGAUAUUGUCUCAUGGACUGAAAGGAUAGGAGCAGCUCUUGAUGGAUUCGAGGCCUUUGGAAUUUUUAAUAGCUUACGUCGUAAAGGUUUGGGUGUUAAUGAAUAUACAAUGACCAAUGUCUUGUCUGCUGUUGCAGGAGAGGGGUUGUCAUGUUUAGGGAGGCAAAUCCAAGCAGUUUGUCAGAAGGAAGGGUAUUUGAAAGUGGUUUUUGUUGGCAAUGCGUUGAUUUCUAUGUAUAAUAAGUGUGGGAAAAUGGAUGAUGCGAGGUGCAUUUUUGAUGUUAUGAUCUUUCAGGAUUCUGUGUCGUGGAAUUCACUGAUUGCUGGAUAUUCGGAUAAUGGAUUUGUUAGUCUUGCUCUUAAGAUGUUCUCUGAUAUGCGUGGUCCUAAUGUUGAAGUGAAUUGUUUUACCCUUGCUAGCAUUCUUAAAGUGGCGUCUGACUCGAACUCUUUGCACCUUGCAGUGCAGAUGCAUUCCUAUAUGAUUAAAUGUGGAUUCAUGUCGGAUGACUAUGUGAUGUCUUGCUUGAUAGCAACGUAUGGGAAGUGCGGCAGCUGUAACGAGUCGAGAAGGGUAUUUUCUGAUGUUGAUAAGACAAGUGUCAUGCAUCUUAAUGCAAUGUUGAAUACUUUGGUUAAUGCUGAUUGUCAUGUUGAUAGUCUAGAUCUCUUCCGAAACACAGUGGAUUCCAAACUUGAAGUAGACAGCAAAACUUUUAGCAUCGUUCUUAAAGCUUGCAGUGCUAUGACAGAUUUGGAACAGGGAAGAGGCAUUCACUCUCUUGCUCUUAAAUCUGGAUUUCAUCAAGAUUGCUUUGUCGAGACUGCUGUUAUUGACCUUUGCUGCAAGUGUGGAAACAUAAGUGAUGCAGAGAGGGCUUUCAGAUAUGCAUCUGUUGACAACUUGGCUGCAUGGAAUGCAAUGAUAACAGGAUAUGCACAACAUGGUUGCUAUAAUGAGGCUUUCAGACUUUACGAUAGAAUGACUGUAUGUAGAAUUGAACCUGAUGAGAUAACUUAUCUUGGACUCCUUACUUCAUGCUGCCAUGCAGGACUACUGCAAGAAGCACAGAGUUACAUGAACUCUAUGGCUGAGUGUCAUGGUCUAAUCCCACAUUUAGAACAUUACGCUUGCAUGGUUGAUCUGCUUGGCCGAGUAGGUCUCCUGGAAGAUGCAAAGAAGACCAUAGAUGAAAUGCCUAUCGAACCAGAUGCUCGAAUAUGGCAGAUUCUGCUAUCUGCAUGCAACAUCCAUGGAAAUUUUGAUAUGGGAAGAGUUGCAGCCACCAAACUUCUUGAACUGCAGCCUGAUAAUGAAUCUGCCUAUAUUCUUCUUUCGAAUCUUUGUGCUUCAGCUGGUAUGUGGAAUGCUGUCAGAAAAUUGAGAAGAGAAAUGAAGGAAAAACUAGUUUCCAAGGAACCGGGUUCUAGUUGGAUUCAACUAAGAGGAUCCAUGCAUUACUUUUUUGCUGAUGAUCUGUUGCACCCUGAACAUAAAGCAAUAUUUUUGGAGCUGUCAAAGUUGUAUGAACAUAUGCAAGAUUCAAAGAUAAAUGGUAAUUUUUUAUUGGACUUAUGACCAUUGAAAA